AUGAUGACCAUUAUCGUGGAGGUGUUCCGGGAGUUCGGGCUGACGGUGUCGGAGAGGAAGACGGAGACAUUGGUGAUGCGGGUGAAGGAGAAACAGCGACCGCCGCCGACGCCACCGCCGCCGCUGACCAUCGAAGCAGCGGGGCAAAGGUACGCACAGACGACCGAGUUCCGAUACCUGGGCGGCCUCAUCAACGAGCAGGGCGACCUCACCCGAGAGAUCAACCACAGGAGCAAAGCAGCGUGGGCGUGCAUUAGGCGAUACGCCACGGAGCUCUUCGACCGACCGGGAGCACCGUUUCGCCUCAAGGCCCGCCUACUCCAGGCGGAGGCAGUGGCGGCACUGCUAUACGGCUGCAUGACAUGGUCCCCACGCCGCAACCACUACGGAAUGCUGCAGACGACACACCACCGGCUACUCCUGCGAGUCAUCGGCUACCGGCGCAAACGAGGCACCUACCGGCAGCUGUCAUACGCCCAGGCGCUAAAGAGGGUCGGCUGCCAGAGCGUGGAGGCCACUGUCCGUCAACGGCGCCUGCUCUUUGCCGGGGCCGUGGCAAGACAGCCAGACGGGCGGCUUCCGAAACGGCUGAUGUUCGGCGAGUUGGUGGGAGGGGAGAACCCGGGCCGGGGAAGCCCGGAGCAGAACUGGCUGAUAUGCCUGAAGGACGACCUGAAGAUGUUCGAAGCCAGACACGGCUCCACGCCCGACAAGCGGAGCUUCUUCGGAAUCCCGAAGCCAGACUGGGAUGAGGCGGCGAAGGUGGAGGGGGGGGUACCGUGGCACGCGGGGGUGCUACAGGGAGCUGAGAGGUACACCUGCAGCGGCUGCUUGAAGCACAACAAGAAGAAGGGAACGGGCGAUAAAGAUCGUCGCAAAGGGUCGUUUAACGCUUGGGACCAGGGCGUUCUUGCGCGCAUGGAUUCGUACGUAUCAAACGCGUUUCCCUUCGUGUUGACCCGUAAGAGCGGGAUAGCGACAACUGCUGUUGUGGCGCGGUUAGCUGACGACUUGCUAAACGGCAAAGGAUUUUCGGCGACUUCGAAGUUCAAGCGUGAGGCGUACAUGAAUUCGUACAUGAUGCAGUACCAUAGCUACGUAUCUCUAGUUAACCGCUGCCAGCGAAGCAUUGGCGGGCACUUCAGAGCUGCCGCUGAGGAGGGAACGCCGGACAUUCCAAUUUUCGGUGGCUUUGGCGACAGGGAAGGCUUCAACGGCGCGUGGCCGUCGGACCAGUAUCUUCGAGCUGUUUGGCACAAGUGGUUUUACGAGACAGUCGUGAUAGAGGUACGCCGCUUCUUAAUGCUUGAUUUCUCCCAGGGCGCGUGCAGCCUUCUGGUGUCUCAGGUCGUGUUUCAGAAGGCAAUGAAGACUUCGUCCGUGCAUGAUCUGAAGAGCGAUUUGAAGAAUCUUUUCGUCAACCGCUACAUUGGCCACGGCUUCAAGCUACUUGUCAUCCUAUUCUCUGCGAUGUUCCGAGAGAUCGAAGAGGAGACCCGUGUCCUCCUGUUCGACGCAACCGGUGCCAAGGCGGCGGAGGGGGGAGCGGAGCUAGCAGCCUUGACGUUUCCGGAAGGCAAGACGGGGGUGAGGGUCUUCGACAAGACAGCGAUUGACAUUGCCGUGGCCACCCUUAUUGGAGGCUGCUCGACGCAGGGGAUGGUGCUGGGGAUGGACUGCGAGUGGGAGCCAGCGUUAAACGGCAGCUCGGAGAGACCCGUUUGCACCCUCCAGCUUGCACUCCCGGACGGCAUCUCCUUUCUGUUCCACUUGCAACGCGGGGUCAGGGGUACAAAACCUGCCACCUUCAACACCAGCCUCAAGAGGCUGCUGAAUGACCCGGCUAUCACCAAGAUUGAGUAUGCUUGCCUGGAUGCAUACGCGGCGGUCCUGUUACACACCGAAAUCGGCAAUUUCAAAGAUCCCAUCUUCAGCGAGGCGCCAAGCGAAGUUCCAGCUGCGGGGACGAAGGUGCGGCUGUAUACCAACAACCACGCCAGCUGCGUCGCUGUUGGGCACGUUCAGACCGAAGACGAAGCGAGCUCCCUUUUGGAGAAGUGGGGCACCGUUUUGACAUUGGGUGGGAGGGUAGGGACGCGCAGUGGGGGGCUUCGGCGUGUUGUGGUGAAAGUAAACAACGCCCUCAAGCCUUUCAGUUUCGUGCCACACGAUACAGCUCCUCCACCAGCACAACAUGGGCAGGGGCGGGUAUCAAUCAAGGACGUGGUUGCUGGGGACGGCUUUGUCCUGUGGGAUCUCGUACAUGUUCGAUUGGCAUCCGCUCACCGCUCGUUUGAAGGUACACCCUUGCCAGGCGGCGCGGCGGACGCCGAUGCUUACCAACACGACUUCUUCGACGCGCCAAGGCCAGCACAGGCUGUCUACCACAACGUUAGGUCCAUGCAGGUGCUGAUUUGGCGAGCAGUGGAGCAAGCGGUGGAGCAUGCGGCUAGCAGUGGAGGACCCAGCGCUAGCGGGGCGGAUGCUGAUGCUGCUGUCGCAUCACAGGUGGAGAAGGUGCUGGAAUGUCGCGGUAUGACGCCGGCACAGGCGGAGCAGGUCAAGGACCACAACUGGUCGUUUUUCCUGAAGAGAUGCCGGCGUCUUGUCCCUCCGCCGAGCGAACUAUUGAAGCCCUUCGACAAGGUCGUCGAGGAAUUCGGCAACUGUGUCGACAACGUCUCCAAGGAGGCCCUCCUGCGCCCGAAAUCGAUGAAGGCCGUGCGCCUGCUGCGAAAGCACAUCGUGGCCGGAUGCUUGAGCGAUCCUGACGGCGUGGCGAUGUACUACGCGAUUGGCAAGACCACGGACGGUCUUGUCAGGUACCGUUGCGUGCGAGGCACCAAUGAUGUCGAGGGUUACCACCUGGCCUCCUACAGCGCGUCGCCCGCCCUAGCACAAUCGGUCUUGCUGGAGUUCAAUUUCCGGUGGAAUCUCAAGAUGAUGGUCAAGAAUCGUGACUGGGACCCGAGCUUCCCUGUCUUCCCGCAGUGGCAAGCCGCCGUCGAUUCUGUGGACACAGGCGAGAGGAGUGGGCUCGGCCGGAGCUUGUGGGGGGGAGAGAACGCGAAGGCGUGGAACGGGGCCGGCCACGAGGCGUCGUGCGCAGAAGUGGACGAUGUCGGUGAUGUCAACGGCCGAACGCCGCUGUCGCAUCUGGCGCUUUCGGCCAAGCUGUACGCGAGAAUUAUGGGGGAGAAGAUGCCAGAAACUCGGGUGUACACCAAGGAAGAAGCGAAAGUUUCGGGAGGAGCUCGGGCGUGCCGAAGUACCUCAAUCUUGCACACCCGGCCGAACACAAGCAAAUCGGCAGUGCCUGUGUCAGGCCGUGCGCCGGCCGUGUGGGCUCUUCAUUUGACGUGGGCACUUCCCAUGGAAAGUCUGCUACGGACAGCCGCCAUCGAGCUGUGGACGUGGUCAGAAUGUCUUGAACUGCAAGGAUCGUUAUGUGCGGCAAGCCUAAGAUCAGCGAAUUGGUGGCCCCGACGACUGACACAGCUGGUCCUGAAGGCAGAUUUGGAUAUUCUAACAGAGAAUGUGUCGUGGCCCGAACGCGUGCAGUGUCUGGCACUUCUGGGUGGUUUCGAUCAGCCUACUGCCGGAGCCGUGUGGCCGGCGUCUCUGCGAAAGCUGUCGUUCGGGAACAGAUUCAAUCAGCCCAUUGCGGAAGUCGUGUGGCCGGCGUCCCUGCAAAAGCUGUCGUUCGCGAGGUCAUUCAAUCACCCGAUUCCCGGAGUCGUGUGGCCGGCGUCUUUGCGAAAGCUAUCGCUCGGGAACUUCAAUCAAGAUUUGGCUGGAGUAUUCUGGCCGUUGACUCUGCAAAAGCUAUCGUUCGGGCACCGCUUCAAUCAGCCUAUCGCCGGCGUCGUGUGGCCAGCGUCCCUGCAAGAGCUAUCAUUCGGGAUGAUGUUCAAUCAGCCUAUCGCGGGAGUCGUGUGGCCGUCCUCGCUGCAAAAUAUAUCGUUCGGUACGUCAUUUAACCAAUCCAUUGCCGGAGUAGUGUGGCCGGCACCCCUGCAACAGCUGUCGUUCAGGCAUUGCUGCAAUCAAUCUAUCUCCGGAGUCGUGUGGCCAGCGUCCCUAAAGCAGUUGUCGUUCGGGCGCUGCUUCAAUCAACCUAUCUCCCGAGUGGUGUGGCCGGCGUCUUUGCGAAAGCUAUCGCUCGGGGACUUCAAUCAAGAUUUGGCCGAAGUAUUCUGGCCGUUGUCUCUGCAGCAGCUAUCGUUCGGGCACCACUUCAAUCAGCCCAUUGGCGGAGUCGUUUGGCCGGCGUCCCUGCAAGAGCUAUCAUUCGGGUUGAUAUUCAGCCAGCCUUUCGCCGGAGUCGUGUGGCCGGCGUCUUUGCGAAAGCUAUCGUUCGGGAGAGACUUCAAUCAGCCUAUCUCCGGAGUCGUGUGGCCAGCGUCCCUGCAACAGCUGUCGUUCGGGUACAACUUCAAUCAACCUAUUGCCGGAAUCGGGUGGCCGACGUCCCUGACACUGCUAUCGUUCGGUGGUUAUUUCAAUCAGCCUAUUGCCGGGGUCGUGUGGCCUGCGUCCCUGACACUGCCAUCGUUCGGUGGUUCUUUCAAUCAACCUGUUGCCGGAGCCGUGUGGCCAAGGUCGCUGCGACGUGUGACACGUCUUGGAAAGAACCUGUUGUGAAAGCUUCAAUGGGGUUGUUUAGAUGAUGGUGAGGUUCCGUCCAGAGGCUGUUGAGACGAAUGGCUUAGUUGUACAAGUGCUGUUUGCCAUCUAUACUCAGCAAUUGCAACCAUCAUGAUGCGGAAGGAGUCGCAGCACCUGCUUGCGACGCGAAACAGUCACGUCAAACGUUGAACACCCUACAAAGGGCGGGCGCGGGAAACGUUUUCAGGUUGAACAUUCUCCCCCACGCCACGAGUGCCCAAUCGAAAGUGUAGAUCGACGCCCUUGUUGGGUUCUUGCAUUUCACCCUACACACACUUUCGUGUGCGGUCGCAUCCAGCGGGCGCAGCAUGUAGAGAGUCAACCAGAGCACUCUGCACUAACCGCUUCACCAGCUAGCCCAAAUACGGCUCUGAAACGAUGCACUGCUGCACUACAGUGAUUCCACUUAAAAUUCUUCUCAUCUGAAGGGCUGGCGGCGACUACCAACAUGCUCUUGAACAUCUUCCUUGAGGGAGGUGCCCGUUGCCUCUCGUGCACCAAACCCACUCUCUCCCCGACCCUGACACGUUCCAACGCCCCCGAUUCCUUCGGUUCUUACCCCUCCCCCACUACUCAUACCGCCCAUGCCCUCAUGGUCCUGCGCUCCCCCCACUCAAGGAGUACCUCAGCAGUCGCCCAUGGUUUGGUUGGAAGGGCUGACGGACACGCUAGGUGACACCAACGUAUCCAGCGUCAACCGUGCUGAACAAGAAACCAUCGAUGUCGUGAUACCCCGACACUCGAUGACUGGCACAGUUCCCCCUACUGACCGUGGCAGCUUGACAGGACCUAUAUCCGCAUAGCCCGGCUCACGUAAUCAAGGCUGGCUGACAAACCACCGGCGCCAGGGAAUCUGCCAACGUUGUCAGAAAAGAGGCCUCUGCCAACAUGAAAAACGGCUGCAGAACCUACUCUACAGAACCGAUUUCAAAUCAAAAUACCCGGCGCACACCACGCAGGACGUGCUGCCCUGCCAAAUACCAAGUGCAUGCGCACCCUGCCCACAGACGAGGGUAGCAGCGGACCCACGGUUAGCCCCAAGGCCUGAGCAGACCAAGGCCUGAGCAGACCAACAGCGAUAGAAUGGAGGAUGCUGCAAGCGGUGAGAGCUCCGCGCGGAGUGCCGUCUCAGAUGAAGUGUUCGUGGUAGCGGCCUUAUGUAUCGCCUGAGCUGCGGUAGAACAUCUGAUUGGAUAUUUUUAAUUGCAGAACUGUCGAUCGUAGGUUGUCAUGCCGAGUGUUCUGCGAAUACUCUUUGUGGUAGUCCGGUAGAUUGUACACACGUAAGGAUCGUACAACGGACCGUAGGUGUAAGUCGGUACGUUGGUAUGUGGUACGUUGGACACUUGUCCAGUAGGAACGUUCUAGCAUUGUCGCUAGAGGUCGGGCUUACGGGUCAUUGUCGUGUUCGGUACAUUGCUUUGUGUUCCGAGUGUGCAUCUAUCCGGAGGAGACGUUGGGAGCUGGGAGCAUCACGCUCGCCCCCUGUCCUCACUCCACUUUCCGACCUGUCUCUCCAUACCUAGGUCUCACUAAUACAAUAUUCUUCUCCAGAAGCCACUGAUUUACCAACACGCUAUAGCGACAUCAGUCGACUGCUGUACGUCCCCCUGGACGGUGUUCGACGCGAGACUGUGAGGGCGGCUUGAUCAACCGACCUCAUCAUGGCUGAGGAGCGGAGUGACCCUGCGGCAAACCAUCAGGGUGACCCGCAGGGUGUUGGUGAGAGAAUGGGUUCCUUA